AUGCUGCCUACUGCCCGUCGAAUACGACUGUGGUUGAUGACCUUGUUCCGAUCUUUACAAGCCGGCAUCAUGGCUAUCCUCGAGUUUCCCCAGGCACGGCCCUGGGGCCAACACAACUACCAGCUUCUUGAGGGAGCUCGAGAUAAAUCAUACUACUACUAUUCUCGCACGACGAGGAGGACUAGGACCAUGGCUUUUUUGGUAGCUGUGAUUUUAUUCAUUUGGUUUAUCCCGUUCCUACCGACAAACUUCAACCACAUUGCCAAUGAGCGUUUGUGCGAUCAUCCCAUAUCCAUACUCGUAUCCGAUGCUGCGCAAGCAUUCAAUGAAACAUUGACGCGCCAGUCCAAGUCAUUGGAUGAGGCAGUCACGGAAUACCGUCGACGAUAUGGCAUGCCGCCGCCACCCCACUUCGAUAGAUGGUACGAGUUUGCGAAGCAGCGGAAGACAGUGUUGAUCGAUGAAUACGACACGAUAUACCAUUCUAUGUUGCCUUUUUGGGGGCUUUCCCCGAGUACAAUUCGUUCGCGUGUCAGGGAGGACCUGGGCUUCGAUAAUGUGGUGAUGGGUAUCUCUAUUCGCAAUGGCGAGCCUAUCCACCUGGGCAACGGCCAGGGAAAUUUCCAACGGGAUGCCGCAAUGAAGCAGCUCAACCAAUUCGCUCAAUGGUUGCCGGAUAUGGAUCUUGAGUUUAACGUCCACGAUGAGCCGCGGGUCGUUGUUCCUCAUGAGGCCUUACACAGACUGGUAAUGAAGGGCCAUGCAGCUCAGGCCAGUUUGAACGCCAACUCAUCAUUGUUGAAUGCUUUUUCCCACAGUAAAGCCGCUGCGCAACCUAUCCCUGAAGCCUUCACAAGCAGGUUUCUCAAUAUCGAACUGCAAGAAACAUGGCUUAAUUCCCGACUAUCGUGCCCACCCGACAGCCCUGCCAUGAGCCUCGAUGGCAAUGCGCCAGACAACACCAGUGCUUUCGCCAUCGAACCUUUAGGAUUUGUGUUCAAUCAAACCGCCUCUAGCGAUAUUUGCAACAAUCCCUCACUACGUCAUAGCCUUGGAAUCUUUGAGCGGCCCAAUGCCUUUAAGCUCACGAAUGAGUUAGCCCCAAUGUUCUCAAUGUCACGUCCAUCUUCGUUCCAAGAUAUAGCUGUCCCUUCGCCAUGGUACUACGAGGAGGUCGGAGGCUAUGAACCAGAACCAGAUAUCCCAUGGGAAUCAAGGAAAGGACAAAUUUACUGGCGAGGAACAUCUACUGGAGGCCACAGUCAUGGUGGAUCCUGGCGGAAUAUGCAGCGCCAACGAGUGAUUGCAUCGCUAGAACGCGAAUCGGGACACCACAUCUUGGAACGCAGAGAAGAGUCUACUUGCAGCAUCGGAGGUGACGAAGGAUGGAAAAUUCGCCAGGCAAAUAAAACAGAGCUCAGCGAAUACUUCAACGCCCAUUUCGUUGAUAUCGUCGAUUGUGAGGAGGACUGUUAUGACGAGGCAAUGUUCUUUGAUGUCGUGGACAGAGAAGAUCACAAUGAGGCGUGGAAUUAUCGCUACUUAUUGGAUAUGGAUGGUCAUGCUUACAGCGGGCGAUUCUAUGCCUUCAUGCGUAGCAAGAGCGUGCCGCUCAAGCUGACCUUUUUCCGAGAAUGGCAUGAGAACGUGCUCAUCCCAUGGGUCCACUAUGUGCCACUCAACAAGGAUGCUAACGAAAUCCCUGAGAUUGUGCGCUUUUUCGAGCAGGAUCCUGCUGGCCAGGAGAUUGCUCGAACGAUUGGCGAGGAAGGGCAGUCGUGGGCUGCCAAGACACUCCGAAAUGAUGACAUGGAUGUCUAUAUGUUCCGGCUUAUGUUAGAAUACGCCCGUGUGCAAGACGACCGACGAGAGAAUUUGGGCUUCAUUUCCCCAGAUCCAUUGACUGAGAACUUACCCUAA